AUGUGCUCCCGAUUUCACCAGCACUUCCUCGUGUCAGAACUUCGCUUCGUUCAGCCUGCCUACCAGAUUUUUAUUCUACUCUCAAUGUUCUUAGUUUUCAUCGAAAGACAGAUCGAAGCUCAAUGUCGUAAGCAGCAGACCUGAGACGUACCGUCGCACAAAUUUUUCGAACAAUUCAAAGCGAAGAGUUUACCUGUUCGAUUUUAUUUACCUUCAAAUUCAUCUAGUCAUCGACCGAAGCCAUCGCAGCAUCUGAAGAGACGUCAUCGCAUAAAAUUCUUUUCAUUUGAUCGGUAACUGCGCGAAGAGUCUAGCUUGUCAGAUUUUGUCUUCUGAUUCAAAUUCGUUCUCAGUUUCCUACGAAGAUUGAGCUCGAAGCUCAUCAUGUCAUCAGAGUUACGAAAUGACGUCACGGUACAAAAUCUUUCAGUUUGAUCGAUAAACUCAAAGUGAAGAGCCUGACCAGCCUAUUCUGACUUCAGCCUGUUUCAUUAAUGUCGUUAGAGUAUUCGAAUGACGUCAUUUGCACAAUUUCAGUUUGACGAUACCAAAGUGAAGAGCCUGCUUGUUCAGAUUUUUACCUAGUUCAAAUUUGGCUUUCUAUCGAAUGAUUGAAUAAUGUCAGAUACCUGAAAAUGUGACAGUCACAGUACAAAGGCCUGACGAUAACUAAAGUGAGUUGUUCAUUCGUUCAGAUUUUUAUCGAAAUUGUUCAGUGCUUGCUGCCGAGAUUGAAGUCAUUGUAGGGAGAGAGGGUCGUGACGUCACGGUUAGUUCUUCAGUUUGACGAUGUUCAAUGAAGAGUUCGAGCCUGUUCAGACGUCUCCUGCCUCUACAUCUGUUCUGCUUCUGUCGACAUGCGACUGACGUCGAUGUCAGUCAGGAGACCUGAGGCUGCGACGUCACGGUACGUUCAGUUUCGUCGAUAAAGCGAAGAGCCCAGCCUGUUCAGACGCCUUUAUUUCGACUCAGUCUGCUCUUAAGCUCUACGAGGCCUGAGAUUGAAGUCAUCAUGUCAGUCAGGAGAGCCCGCAAAAUGUGCGUUCAUAGGCCUCUUCAGCCUGACGCUGACAUUCAAAAGCGAAGAGCCCAGUUUGCUCAGAUUUUAUUCUGCAUCUAA